AUGGACAAAAUGGAAACCGAGUCCGCUAAUCCGGCGGCCGAUUUCUCGACGUUCCCAGCGGCCAGUACGGCGAGCACGCCGACGUUUAAUCCCACUGACGCCGCCUCCAACAUCCCCAACAGUAUUCUGGUACGACAGUUGCAACAGGUAAGCAGUUUUGUAGUGAUAAGGUUGUAAAUUUUGGUUUUGGUUUAUAUUAUUGGUAUAGGUAUGAUCAUAUAAGAUUGGUCAUAACUUUGGUUAUGGGUUAAGGUCGUGGUGUAAAAUUUGAAUGUGUCGUAACAAUGGUAUUGUACUACGAUAUGGGAAGGGUUUAGGGGUGUUCAUUGAUGAUGCCGUAUUUUACAAUUAGGUAUGAAAUUAUACUAGUGUCGUAAGUAUUUCGUGUUGAUUAAAGUACUCGUUCUUAUUAGUUUUUUACGGAAUUAUGAACUUAGGUACCAAAUAGAAUGAAGUUCUUACUUUUUUAAAAAUUUUUUAUUUUUAAUCGUAAAUUUGCAUAUUAUGACACUUUGUCUUUAAUUUUUUGCUUUUGGCAUUUAGAGAAAAAUCAAUACUUUUGACGGUUCUGAAACUUAAAAUAGCUUUGUUUUACCAUUUUAGAUGUAUCACAAUCACAAUGUACUAAAAAUGUUUUGUUAAAGACUAAACUUGUCGUUCUAAUCAAUUGAACAAAAAAAAACUGAUAAAAAGUUAUUUUUCUCUAAUAAGUUUUUUUGUCUCUUGUCAUUCUUUUUUGUUGUAAUACGGUUGAAGGCGUUUUCUGAACUUUGAACAGUUAUUUCUUCAAGUUUUGGGGUCAAAAGUUAUGUUUAUUCGAUGUUGUAGUAGGUUGAAAAAGUGUGCACCGUGCAGUUUUAAUCAGGCUUGCACUGUACAGUCUUUAUUUGGUUGCACUGUGCAGUCUUAAAAUUGGUUUGCACCGUGCAGCCUUUUAUUAGUAGUCUGCACCGUGCAGUCUUAUAAUAGGAUUGCACCGUGCAGGCUUUUAUUAUAAAAAUGCACUGUGCAGACUUUUAAUUGUUUUGCACCGCGCAGUGAUUUAUGGUUAGGAUGCACUGUGCAGUCAAUAUAAGACUGCACCGUGCAAAAUCUGAAGAACUAUACAGUACAUUAAAAACCUUGUGGUUUGUGACAAUAAUCGAAUACUUUUGUAUUGUUAUUACAAAAUCGUUACCAAACUUCCCCUUUUGUAAUAGUAUUGUAUAGAUACGAUGAUGACUAUAGUAAUUGGCGUAAACAAACGAUUUGCUAUCAAUUGAUGUAAUUGAUGCCAUUUCGUGUUGUAAACAGCGUAGUAUUACACGGCCCGCGGUAUGUCAUAAGUAGUAACUGGGGCUUGUAAUGUCAUAAGUGAUAGAUAGUAAUGGAUAUUGUAGCUCAUAAGUGCACUGUAAUGCAUAUUGUAUGUCAUAAGUGAUAGUAACGAGUAUUUUAUGUCAUAAGUGAUAUUAUUGGAUACUGUAUGUUAUAAGUAGUCAUAUUGAUAUAAGCCAAAUGGCCUUAAGCAGCUUAAAAAUCUGGUUUUUUGUGGUCCAAAAGGUGUUUUAGCUGAUUAUUAUUGAAUAGGUACUCGGCCAGUACGUUGCGUAUGACUACUAGUAAUUUUUUUUGGCAUUUUAUGACUAGUGGCUACCUGAAAAGUACAAAAGAUUUCAUAUUUUAACCGUUCCCGGUCAAUUAUAGCCGUUUUUUUCUGCAGCCUGGGCGAAACAUGUUAUACGAUGAAACAUGUCCCAGUAAUAUAUAUGGGUUUCUGAUUAAUUUAUGAUUUUUACAAGUGUAUGGCAUCUAAAGUUGUCAUAUAAGUCAGACUUUAUUAUUUCACUGCCGAUUUUACUCAUUUUUCUACAAUGCAGCCUGCGCGAACUAUUUUAUACGAUGAAACAUGUCUCGAAAUUCGAAAAAAAUAAGUAAAUUGUCUCUCUAAUUAUUAUCCUCGUCUACUCAUAACCCUAUUACAAUCAUUUUUCUGGUAAUUAGUCAAGAAUUAAUCCGCUUUCAUCGUAUCUCUUCCGUAUCUUCCGCUUUCAUGAUCUAUAUUGAGGAUGCUGUUGAAGGUGACGCAUUUCGGACUAUUUUCGGAUCGAAAACUGUACCAAUGGUUUACGUACAAACAAUUUGCAAGAUUAUGUUUAUAAAUAAGGCCUGCUUCCAAGGGAUUACUGUAACUUUGGCUUUUGGAAGGUUUUUGGCUUUUCAGGGUUGGUCGGGGAUUUGGGGAUGAUUAGGUGGGUCCAAGUAUUCAAGAUUAGGCGUGUUUGGUGUGUUUAGGUGGAGAAAAGAAUGAGCUUGCUUGUGGUUGUUGUUUUGUAGCCUUAGCGUUUGGUUAGAGAAAAUUGUGGCAUGUUUUGUUCGGCUUUAGGUAUUGGUGUCCAGUGUAACAUCGAAAAGUUUAUUAAGAAGGUGAACAAGGAUUUAGGUACUAUUUGAUAGAGACGAUAAUGGUCUAUCUUGCAGUUUUAGUUUCAUUGUCUUAGGGCGUGAUUCAAAAACGUUUUGACUUGUUAUGUUCAACUCAUCUACUAUAAUAUAUUUAUCUUCGAAUACCGAGCCUCUGAACAGCAUUUUUGACAAUUCAUUUUAAACAUUCAAUAAAUAUGCAAAUUUACCUCAACAUAAAUUUCAGCUAGCCGAACAACAGUCCACCUCGUCGCUGGGCCAAGCAUCGGACGCGAGUCGGUGCGCCUUCACCACCGUUCCAGAAUCUUGCGUUUUCGGCGCCUCGACCGUCUCCAUGGCCAACCAGUCUAGCUCCGCAUUGUCGAGGCCGCCAUUGGGCGCAGCCAGACCAAUUCGAUCCCAGCGACAGCCCAUGAAAGACAUAACGACGUUGGAGGAUCCAAACGAACUGGAACAGUUCAUGGCUCAAGGUGAAGAGGCCUGUAUCAGUGACAUGAAAAAGUUCAUCACACAAUACUCGCUGCGACAAACGACGGUUGCUCAGAUGACGGGUAAGGCAAUAUUUUUGGAUUUGAAAUUAUUUUAAAUGGUUUUUUUAAAUUUUGUAUUGCACCGUGCAGUCUGAUAUUGUACUUGAUUUUUAAAGAUUUUUUCGGAAAAAAUGUGGUUAGUACGGUAUGAAAAUGUUAUUUUUGGGAUUUGAUAAUUUUUUGUUUUCUAAAAAUUCUCAAAUUUGUUUCGACCAAUUAAUGGCGUUUUUGCCUUCUGCAGCUUGCGCGAGCAAUGUUAUACGAUGAAAAAUGUCCGACUUAAAAAUAUGCGCUUUCUAGUUUAGUUUAUGAUUUUCUCGGCCUUAUGGUGUCUAAAAUUGUCAUAAAAAUAUUUUUUUACCAGCAGUUCUAUCUAGACUUCUGUUUUGCAGCUGCAGUCUGCGCGAACCAUUUUAUACGAUGGAACACGUAAACUGUCAUUUUUUUAAAUUUAUUUAUGGAUUUUAUUUUUUUAGGUAUCCUAUUCUAGCAAUAUUUUGAAUUUUAGUUUUUGUUUUUUGCUGUUUUUGCAUUUUGCAGUCUGCGCGGGCCAUUUUAUACGAUGAAACAUGUCCGAUUUAAAAAAUUGAAAACCUGACAUUUUCGCCUAAUUUAUAACGAAAGUAUCGAUUCAUUUUUAUAAAAAUAAUUUUAGAAUCAAAAAUUUAUGUUUUGAAUCAAAAAAAAGUUUAAAAUUUUCUUCUUCAGGCGUCUCCCAACCCUACAUUUCCAAACUUCUAAACGGAAAUCAUCGCGAGUUGUCACUACGAUGCCGUCGAAACAUAUACGCAUGGUACCUGAACUGUCGUCGUCAUCCAGCCAUGUACUGUCAAGAUCCCACCACUCGAUUGGAGACCAAUGGUGACGGUGAACUGGUACCACAACGACGUGAACGCUACGUCUUCCGCCCGGUCUUGAUACGAAUGUUGGAGCAAUUCUUUGCCGAAUCCCCCUUCCCCGAUGGCAAUAAACGAUCGGAAAUCGCACAAGCAUGCAACACGGCUCUACAAGCCGAAAAACGAGGUUAGUUUUUAGAGUUGUGGGAGAUUUGGCGGGCUUUUUGGGAUUUGAAGCGGAAUGCCAAGAUUUUUUGAUAAAAAUUAUCAACUACGGCCGAUUUGGGAUAUUAAAAUCAAAAAAGAUGUUGGUAUUAACUAUGGAAGGUUAUAAAAUGUCAAGUAUCGGCGUUUGGGACCCAAAAAAGACUAUGACAAGUUUUCGUUGCGGAACCCAAAAGAUAGUUUUUAAAAUAUAAGAAAACUUGGAAAUUGAAUGCUACAUAAUCACAUUUGGCCAUUAGAAGCAGUAAAAGUAUAUAUUUUGGCUUUUGAGACCAUAAUACCCACAUUUCAAGUUUUCGUGGCGGUACCCGAAACUUAGAAAGAUAUUAGAAGUAAAAUAAGAAAAUCGUAUCCAAGCGGGUAUAAAGUAGUAAAAAAUUUUAAAUUAAUGAUAAUUUGCCAUUUCAUAUUCAACAUGAAUGACAUUACAUUAAUUUAUAGUGAUUUUAGGCGGCCAGCUAAUGCCGAAAGAAGUGGUAACGCCACAGGUUAUUGCCAAUUGGUUCGCUAACAAACGCAAGGAAAUGCGUCGAAAGUCGAACGAAGAGAACAGAAGUCGGCAGUUCUUGAAUCCAGUGAGUAUUUUUGGAGUUUUGUCGAAAAAAAUUUGACAAAAAUGACUUUUUUGGGCUGAAAGCUGAAAGAAAUAGGGUAUUUUGACUAAAAAUUAACCAAUAAUUACAUUUUUUGUUAAACAUAUGGAUAAAAAUGACAUUUGAGUAAAAAAUAUUAGGGUGUAGAUUAAUAUUUUUCAUAAUAAAUUCAAUGCUGGUUUAAUGUUCAUUGGAAAACGCAAAAAACCCCGACUGAUUCAAAGCGGGACCGAACUUUUCUUGAUUUUUGACUUUUUUAAACUUCAAGUGAUCAUAAGUUUUUUAAAAAACAAACUACGAUCAUGACACUUGGGGAUAAAAUACUGCUUGUUAUGCCCUAAAAACGUGUCAAGACACGUUUUUCAAUCUUAAAAAAGUUUCAUUAAAAAUCAACUUUUUUAUGCGCUGUCUCCAAGCGGAAUCGAACUUUCCUUGAUUUUCGACUUUUUUAAUUGAUGAUAACUUUUUAAUAAAACUAAGUAUAAUAACGAAACUUGGGAAUAAUAUACAUCUUUUUAUGCUUUACAAACGUCUCGAUUUACUUUUUUUGAAGUUUUAAAAAUUUUUGUAGAAAUUGAGCUUAAAGUGGAAGUACUGUAAAUGAAAUGCUUAUAGGGCGUUAAGAUUGGCCUAAAAAUUAAAAUUUUAAAUUAAAGUUCAUAAAAAUUAUUUUUUUAAAAACGAAAAAUAAUUUUAUAUAAUAUAUUUUUAAUAAAAAAAAUUUUUAAAUCGAAAAAAAUGAAAAUUCAUUUCCAAAUUUUAGUCGAAUUUCGAAACCCCUUCAUCGCCGGAGGGCUCUACCAGUAGUUUCGUUGAGUCGCCCAGCUCCAACCUCCUCCCACCCCUCCAGUUCGGCGUUCCACUCGCCUUCCUCACCCAACAACAACAACAAACCCCGCCCGCGCAACAAACCGGCCUGUCUAUCGAGAAUCUGUUUGGCCUAAACAACCUGUCCAACCCACUGCAAGAACUUUUGCAACGCUCGGUCCAAUUGCAACAGUUGGCUGGCGACGCGGCCAAGCCCGAGAAUGCCACGCCUUUUGAUGGGGAAGGAUUUGAGGGUUCGGCUGACAAUGGUUUUGAGAAUUCGACCGAAAAUAUGACCAGUUUUGAAGCCAAAAAUGGUACCAAUUUUGAAAGUUUGAUGAAAAAUGGUACCAAUUUGGAUUCUUUGGCCAAAAAUGGUACUACUUUUGAGGGACUGGGCAAAAACGCGACUAGUUUCGAAGGCCUGGCCAAAAAUGGUACCAACUUGGACUCUUUGACCAAAAACAGUACCACCCUCGAAAAUUUGACCAAAAAUGCGACCAACUUUGAAACAUUGGCCAAAAACCUGAUCAACCUCGAGAGCUUAGCCAAGGCUGCCAACUUUGACCCUCAGGCUGGAUUUGACAAGGCUUCGAAUUUCGAAGCCGGCUUCAAACCCGAAGAAAUGCCGGUCCUAAGUGCGGAGGGCCAAAAUAGCGACGACUCCAACCCGUCGAGUCGUUCCUCCCCUCAGGCACCGAAUUCGACCGAAUCCGUGAAAAGCGAUGACAUUUCACAGUCGCAGUUCGACCUGAUGGAGAAGAUGUUCGGCGCCUCCAUGAUGACAUUAAUGCAACAACUAAAGUCCAACCCACUGCCCAGUGUGGAGUAG